CCCCGCCGGCGGCGGCCGGGCAGCGGGCUGGGGGCGCCGGAGGCACACUUUGGCGAUGAGGCGCCUUCCCCUGCGGACGGAGCGAGCGGGUGCCAGGGUCCAAGGACAAAGCAGAGAAGCGCUGGUGGCGCCGCUCCUCGGGCCGAGGGGGGGGCAUGCACCUGCAUAGCCCGCCCGGCCUUGCUCUCCCUGGCGCGCCUCAACUCCGCGGCUUCGCCGGCUCUGGAUUUACUAGAAGCCAUUUUGUCUCCCCCACCCCUCCCCUCCCCUCCCCUCUGCCCUCCCCACCCCCACGACUUCCCCCUUUUGUUAAUUAAAAACUAAGAAGUCAGAAUGGGGAUGAGGCGUCCAGCUCCCAUGGAGAAAUCUUGAGGACACCACGCCAGCUCUUCCUUGCCUUCCCUCCGAGAUGGAAAGAGGAGCUCCUAGCUCACUUAAGCCGGGGUAGGGCUGGUUCUCCUUUCCGAGCCAAAAUCCCAGGCGAUGGUGAAUUAUGAACGUGCCACACCAUGAAGCUCUUGUGGCAGGUAACUGUGCACCACACCUGGAAUGCCAUCCUGCUCCCCGUCGUCUACCUCACGGCGCAAGUGUGGAUUCUGUGUGCAGCCAUCGCUGCUGCCGCCUCAGCCGGGCCCCAGAACUGCCCUUCUGUCUGCUCCUGUAGUAACCAGUUCAGCAAGGUGGUGUGCACCCGCCGGGGCCUCUCAGAGGUCCCGCAGGGUAUUCCCUCCAACACCCGGUACCUCAACCUCAUGGAAAACAACAUCCAGAUGAUCCAGGCUGACACCUUCCGACACCUCCACCACCUGGAGGUCCUGCAACUGGGCAGGAACUCCAUCCGGCAGAUCGAGGUGGGGGCCUUCAAUGGCCUGGCCAGCCUCAACACCCUGGAGCUGUUUGACAACUGGCUGACCGUCAUCCCCAGUGGGGCCUUUGAGUACCUGUCCAAGCUGCGGGAGCUCUGGCUUCGCAACAACCCCAUAGAAAGCAUCCCCUCUUACGCCUUCAACCGAGUGCCCUCCCUCAUGAGACUGGAUUUAGGGGAGCUCAAGAAGCUGGAGUAUAUCUCUGAGGGGGCUUUUGAGGGACUGUUUAACCUCAAGUACCUGAACCUGGGCAUGUGCAACAUUAAAGAUAUGCCCAAUCUCACCCCCUUGGUGGGGCUGGAGGAGCUGGAGAUGUCAGGGAACCAUUUUCCUGAGAUCAGGCCUGGCUCCUUCCAUGGCCUAAGCUCUCUCAAGAAGCUAUGGGUCAUGAACUCACAGGUCAGCUUGAUCGAGCGGAAUGCUUUUGAUGGGCUGGCCUCACUUGUGGAACUAAACCUGGCCCACAAUAACCUCUCUUCUUUGCCCCAUGACCUCUUCACCCCGCUGAGGUACCUGGUGGAGUUGCACCUACACCACAAUCCUUGGAACUGUGAUUGUGACAUUCUGUGGCUAGCCUGGUGGCUCCGGGAGUAUAUACCCACCAACUCCACCUGCUGUGGCCGCUGUCAUGCUCCCAUGCACAUGCGAGGCCGCUACCUGGUGGAGGUAGACCAGGCCUCCUUCCAGUGCUCUGCCCCCUUCAUCAUGGAUGCACCUCGGGACCUCAAUAUCUCUGAGGGUCGGAUGGCGGAACUUAAAUGUCGGACUCCCCCCAUGUCUUCUGUAAAGUGGUUACUCCCCAAUGGGACCGUGCUCAGCCAUGCCUCCCGCCACCCACGGAUCUCUGUCCUUAAUGAUGGCACCUUGAACUUUUCCCAUGUGCUGCUCUCAGACACUGGGGUGUACACAUGCAUGGUGACCAAUGUGGCAGGAAACUCCAAUGCCUCGGCCUACCUCAACGUGAGCACGGCCGAGCUCAACACCUCCAACUAUAGCUUCUUCACCACGGUAACAGUGGAGACCACAGAGAGCUCGCCCGAGGACACAACACGAAAGUACAAACCUGUUCCUACCACGUCUACUGGUUAUCAACCGGCAUACACCACCUCUACCACGGUGCUCAUUCAGACCACCCGUGUGCCCAAGCAGGUGGCAGUACCCGCGACAGACACCACUGACAAGAUGCAGACUAGCUUGGAUGAAGUCAUGAAGACCACCAAGAUCAUCAUUGGCUGCUUUGUGGCAGUGACUCUGCUAGCUGCCGCCAUGUUGAUUGUCUUCUAUAAACUUCGUAAGCGGCACCAGCAGCGGAGUACAGUCACAGCUGCCCGGACAGUUGAAAUUAUCCAGGUGGAUGAAGACAUCCCAGCAGCAGCAUCCACGGCAGCAACAGCAGCUCCGUCCGGUGUAUCAGGUUUUGCCAUUAAAGUAAUUAUGUCCUCUAAAAACAUAAAACAAAGCAAAAUCAGAGUGGCCAGUCCUGGAUAGAUGUUCUUCUUUCUGGCUUCUGCCCCCUGCAAUCUAUCAAGGUCUGGACACGCUACAGCCCAGAUGGAUCACACCAGUUCACAAGGCAAUUAGAUCUCUAGACACAAGAAAUGCUUGGGCUACACCUGUGGGCUGGGGAGAAAAAGAAGAUGGCCGCUUCCACCCCAGCCGCCCUCCUAGGAGACACCAGCUCCUGAAUGGCAAAGAGGACAGCUGUCAGCAAGCAGGCGGGGAGCAGUGAGGCAGACUUCACAGCAUAACAGAGAUGAGAAAACAAAAACAAGAGAAGUGUUUCAUAUGGAGGCUGUCUCCCCUAAUGUCACUAAGCUGGAAAGGCCUCUGUUCUGUAACUCACGCAGCCUUAGCAGACAGCUGCUCGUGCUGGAGUCCGAAGGAGAGGUGAGUGCUUUGCAGGGCAUUUCUCCUAGCCAGCCUGGAACUUCCAGAAGCUCACUCACUAGGGGUCAGUAUCCCGGGAUUCCACAGCACGAGGGCUCACUUCUCUAAUUUGAAGCCUGCUUGUUCCUCCUGCAGACAGGGAGAGGGGCAUCAAAUUGCUCUUCCAGGGAGAGCCAGGCCAUCACUGCAGAAGGCAACCCCCAUCUGCCUGGCACCUGCAGAGCAGGUGGGAUCAGGAAAGAGUAUGAGAGUCUUAAGGUACUAAGUCUGAUCCAAACCACCGAAAUCACCUUGUGUGGACAGAGAGAACUGGCAUUUAUAAUUUGCUGGGGGCCCUAACAUUUUUAUUUCCCUUUUACCAAUGUUCUGGCUGAGAUGCGGUAGCAUAUUAAUCUUUGUAGAUGAGUGAUGUGGUUUAAAAUACUGCAGGGUUUGGCUGCCAUUCCCUCCCCUGGGGUCUCAAAAUAACUCCACACAAAUCAUUUUUGCUAAAUACUCACUCAGGCAGCAUUUCCCUGCCAGAACACACACAUCUUAUAUAAGGGAAGAAGCCGCCUCGCUUGCUGGAGGACAGCGACGUUCUGAGAGGUGGUUCUGCUGCCCCUGAGACUCUGCAAAGACGGAUUUUCAACUCAUUCUUGUUCCCUGCCAAAAGGCAGGAAGGCAGGCAUACAGCCUGGUGGCUGAGCACAAGCUUCUUCAGCAAGAGAGAGCCCAAGGAGGCCCCAGUGGGUUCAUCAGGGAAGGUCACUUAAUUCAGGGCUGCCUUAGAAACAAAAGCAACUUGGACACUUAAUGACUUACUAUGUAGAAGGUACACCCAGCUAGGUUUCAACCUGCAAAGAGAAGAAUAACAUGGUCUCCCAUAAGAAUCUAACAGCUGCUUGUAAAAGACAGGCGUAUAUCUACACACAGGAGGAGGAGAACCAGAGAAACCAAGUCAGAAACAAGGGCAGUGAAUGGGGCUGGCUGGGUAGCAGACGAGUGCUCUCCAAGACCUCCCCAUUGGUAGUAGCUUCAAGCCUCUACUUCCAAAGGAUCAGGAGACAGCUCUGACCUAAGGCUCUUGCGGUCCACCCCACCUUCACAGCGGGACUUCUUUGUUACCCCUUCUCCCUGGGUCUCUCCUGCUUGCACUGUUCCACCCCUUUUCCCGAAGACUUGGAGCUCUUCAGUGGCCGUCUCCUGGCUGCUUCUCCCUCCAAACUCUGUCUCUAGGCAAUCACAGUCACUCCCUGGGCUUCCUAUUCCAUUAUCAGCUGAUGCCGCUCAAAGGUUUAAUCUUUGUUUCUGACCUCUCUAUUGAAUUCACCUAGACCUGCAAAUGUGCACAGGCACCUAACACCUAAGGUGUCUAAACUGAUCUCAUCAAACCUUUUAUUAUAUACACGCCAGAAAACUGACCUCUCUCUUUCUCAUCCUCUAUUACCAAGUAACCAACAAACUUCCAUGCAUUCAAAGACUCCUUCUGAGCAGUUCCUCACUGUCAUUCCACUUUGCAGCCUAAGUCGGUCUGCCACAUCUCCCAUCAGGUCAACGGCAACCAUCACCCACCUUUUUAUCUCAGUUAGGGCCCUCUCCAACCUAGCCUCCACAGUUACACUGCUACUUUAUAGCCACUGAGUUUUUAAAAUAAUACAAUAAAAGAGGAGAACCUUCUGCUAUAGCUAAUAUUAUGUAAUAACACAGAUCAAUUUCACAAUCAAAAGUUGGCAAACUGGAUAAUCCCAUUUUUGAAGUUCAAAACAGGUAAAACUAUGGUGACAGAGGUUAGAGUACUGGUUAUCUUAAGAGGGCCAUGAGGGACACUGCUGGGUACAGAAAUAUUUUUAUCUUCACGUGGGUGGUAGUUACUUAGAGGUGUGCAAUCUGCACAAAAAUUCAUCCAGCUGUAUCCCCAAGACAUGUGUGCUUUACUGUGUAUGUUAUACCUAAAAUUAAAACAAAAAUG